AUGGCGGCGAACGUCGCCUACGGCGCCCCGGCGAAGAAGGCGAAGGUCGACGGCAAGGUGUCGCCGCAGACCGAGGAGGCGCCGAAGACCGUGUCCGUCGUCGGCCCCUACGGCCUGCUCACGUCGAAGACGCGGGGCCACCUCGGCUGCGACGCGGCGAAGCUGCGCGAGGCGCGCAUCGACAUGGCCGCGUGCUACCGCAUCAUGGACGAGCUCGGCCUCAACGAGGGCAUCGACAACCAUUUGACGGUCAUGGUCCCCGGCACGCGCGACCGGUUCCUCUGCAUCCCCUACGGCCUCAACUGGAGCGAGGUCACGGCGUCGAAUCUGCUCUUAUUGGACGCGAACGGCGACGUCGUCGAGGGCGACGGCCUGCCGGACCCGACGGCGUUCUACAUCCACAGCCGCAUCCACCUCAAGCACCCGCACGCCGUCUGCGUGCUCCACACGCACCAGCCCAAGGCGUCGGCCCUCUGCUGCCUCGAGGACAUGGAGAUCAAGAUGAUCCACCAGAACUCGUGCCGCUUCCUCGACGAGGUCGCCUACGACACGGUCUACGAGGGCCUCGUGCUCGGCAAGGCCGAGGGCGACCGGUUGGCCGAGGUCAUGGGCUCCAAGCGCGUGCUCAUGCACCAGAGCCACGGCCCCAUCACCUGCGGCGACUCCGUCGCCGAGGCCUUCGACGAGAUCUACUACCUCGAGCGCGCCUGCGAGGUCCAGCUCCUCGCGAUGAACACGGGGAAGCCGACGGUGACGAUCAAGGACUCCGUCGCGCGGUUCUACAAGGACCAGGUCGACCAGUUCCGGGGCUGCUGGGCCCAGGGCCACUUCGAGGCGCGGAAGCGCGCCCUCUACAAGCCCAAGGGCCUCGGCAACGCCGAUUUUGCCUCCUGAGGGGCCCAAACGCCGCGACCGUACCCGGAUCCGCGCGCCUCCCCGAUUGGGAGCCGCGCGACCGGCUACGCAUCCCCCCUAAAAAAAAAC